AUGGGUGCUCAUUUAGCUAAAGGUAAAAUUCACGGCGGCGUAAGGAUUAAAAACGGUACGAUUGUUUGCCCUUUUCACCAAUGGCAGUUUGAUGGCAAUGGCAAUUGUAAACAUAUUCCCUAUGCAGAAAAGAUUCCCCCAAAAGCGAAAAUUCCCAGUUGGUAUGUUGUUGAGAAGAAUCGCAUGGUAAUGGCUUGGAAUGACAUCGAAGGUUCGGCUCCAGAAUGGGACCUACCUGACAUUCCUGAAGUUGAAGACGAUGAAUGGACUGAUUAUGAAGUUCGUGAAUGGAGAAUUCGUACACAUAAUCUGGAUAUGGCUGAAAACCAAGUUGAUGUCGCUCAUUUUCAAUACCUUCAUGGUACUCAGGACUAUCCACGUAGUGAGGCAGAAGCAGAUGGCCAUAUCUUACGUGUAUCCUCUAAAGCGGGUAUGGGCACUCCUCGCGGCGAUGUUGAGGGUGGUAUUGUUUCGACCUCCUAUGGAUUUGGGUUCUCAACAAUACGUUUUUCAGGAAUUGUUGACACGAUGCUUGUUACUUCGACAACACCGGUUGACGGUGAAUAUGUGCAUACACGUUUCUGUUUUAUGAUCAAAAAAUUAGGUGGCUCUGACGUUACAAAAGGUGUUGGGAAAGCAUUCAUUCGUGAAGUUACUCGUCAGCUAGAAGAAGAUAUGCCUGUUUGGGAAAACAAAGUAUUUGUUCAUCCACCUGUUUUAUGUGAAGGAGAUGGACCUGUUGGUAUUUUUCGUAAAUGGUUGAAACAGUUUUUUCCUGCUGGAACCUUUGACAAACUCAAUAUCCAAGCCAACUCAUAUGGUGCACAACAACCACCAACACAUCAAUCAGAUUAUAUGAAACAUGAUCAUACAGAACCUAACAUAGCUAAAUCUUAA